UUGGAGGUUAAUCAAUGUCCAAGAUGAGAGGAAUCAUACUUUCCUGUUUGGUAGGAUUGGCUGUUGCUGCCCCAACCACAACCUUAUGGGUACGACUUUUUGAUUUUUCAUAAAUUUACCAACUCAAAGAGAUAAUGCAGAUGAUCAGACCUAAAUUACUUAAACAGCAUUUUAGUUUGUGUUAAUUCUACACAAAUUCAGUCCAAUAAACAUUGUCAUUGGAUUUCAUUCCCUUUCAAUUCAAAGGCAAGUUUGCAAGCUUUAGACUUUUAUAUUACUUAUCAGAUCAGAGUCAUUAGCAUGUACCAUUUCUUGCUAUGAUUACAGUUGCCCAAUUGUGCUAGGCAUCAAAAGUCAAAGUCCUCACUAUACAAACAGUUUCAGAUUUCAGUGACUCCGAUUAAAGUUAUCAUGAGGCAGUAAAUGAUCUCUUGAAUAGAGGGAUAGUUUGAUGAAAAAAAAAGGAUAAAUACAAUUAAGAAAUCAAGCUUACAACAGUGAAAAAAAUGUGUGUGAUAAGAUAAUCUCCAUCUUUAACACUGUUUUUUAAGGUUCAAAUUAAAGAGAGUCAAAUCUUCUGUGUCAGUCACCUUAGAUUGUCUGUUUGUUUGUUUACGAGUUUUCAGCAGUUGCUGGUCCAAUUCCUGGAGAUGACCCUUAGCUGCAUGUCAUCUCUCUCUCUCCCCUUAUUUCCCAUCUCUUUCCUGCUGUUUUGUCUGAAAAUAGAAAAUAUGCCUGAAAAUUAGUUAAAAAAACAAACAAACAGAAAAUUACCCAGGUGUUUGUGUUAAGCUAACACUGUUGAGUCUUUGGACUAAUGUUAUAUUAUUCAAAUAUUUUUAAAUGUUUCAGAUGCUACCAGGAAGUACAACACCGUUGUUUGCUCAGCCAUUUUUGGAUGAUGAAGUUUUAGUCAAACAUCCUAAUGAAACAACAGUGCUCACCAACUCAUCAAUGGUGAGUGGAUUUACUUCCCCUCUGACUGUUGUAUUAUCUGAGGGUGGUUAUUAAUUAACUCAUUUCAUUUGUCUUUGGAAAGUUUCCAAUAUAUGUAUGUCACCUAUCAAAUAAUACAAACUAUCUUUUAAUCGGGUGACCCAUUAAACUGCAAUUGAAUCAUAUUGAAUUUGAUUUGUCUAAAUCAUUUGCAUCUUAGUUUUAAAAUCUUAAUUUAACUGCAGAAACUUUUGUUUCAGACAGAGGAAGGCCAAGAAAACGUCAAAGAACAGGUGGGCACUUAAAAUAUUCUCAGAGUUUUCUGUAAAAGUUUGAGGAAUAAAAGCUUAACAUGAAUUUUUUUUUAAACUUGGUGUCAACUCCUUACUUAUUCUAAGUGUGCUGUGUCUUCCUUCACCUCGCUUUGUCAUCUGUAUUAAAUUAUAAGGAUUUGGUCCCAACUAAAAAUACCCAGAGUUUACCAGCACCUGCUGCACUAAGAAUGGACUCCGAAUGAGACAAUAAAGAUAUCAGCAGACUGAAUGUCAUGAAAUCAACCCAAGAUAAAUCUGAAUCGUGUUAAUUAAGUGCUAUGUAUUUUUAUUUUAGUUACCAAAAAGAGGUACAGCCCCAACUGAGAAGAAACCAAGAGAAUACAUACCAUAGAGAAUGGUAAACAUAACAACUUGCAGUGGAUUAGAGUGGAUAAGCAGCUGUUUUUUUGUUUUGUUUUUUUUUUGCCUUACUUUAACAAUAUUUUAGUUUGUGUUAAUUCUACACAAAUUCAGUCCAAUAAACAUUAUCAUUGGAUCUCAUUCCCUUUCAAUUCAAAGGCAAGUUUGCAAGACUUUUAUAUUACUUAUCAGAUCAGAGUCAUUAGCAUGUACCAUUUCUUGCUAUGAUUACAGUUGCCCAAUUGUGCUAGGCAUCAAAAGUCAAAGUCCUCUCUAUACAAACAGUUUCAGAUUUUAGUGAAUCCGAUUUAAGUUAUCAUGAGGCAGUAAAUGACCUCUUGAAUAGAGGGAUAGUUUGAUGAAAAAAAAUAGAAAAUAUGCCUGAAAAUUAGUUAAAAGAACAAACAAACAGAAAAUUACCCAGGUGUUUGUGUUAAGCUAACACUGUUGUGUCUUUGGACUAAUGUUAUAUUAUUCAAAUAUUUUUAAAUGUUUCAGAUGCUACCAGGAAGUACAUUUCCGUUGUUUCCAGAUUUGGAUGAAUUUUUAAUCAAACAUCCUAAUGAAACAACAGUGCUCACUAACUCAUCAAUGGUGAGUGGAUUUACUUCCCCUCUGACCGGUGUAUUAUCUGAGGGUGGUUAUUAAUAAACUCAUUUCAUUUGUCUUUGGAAAGUUUCCAAUAUAUGUAUGUCACCCAUCAAAUAAUAUAAACUAUCUUUUAAUCGGGUGACCCGUUAAACUGCAAUUGAAUCACAUUGAAUUUGAUUUGUCUAAAUCAUAUGCUUCUUAGUUUUAAAAUCUUAAUUUAACUGCAGAAACUUUUGUUUCAGACAGAGGAAGGCCAAGAAAACGUCAAAGAACAGGUGGGCACUUAAAAUAUUCUCAGGUUUUUUUUUAAACUCGGUGUCAACUCCUUACUUAUUCUAAGUGUGUUGUGUUAAUUAAAAGGAACUGAUCCCAACUAAAAAUAUCCAGAGUUUACCAGCACCUGCUGCACUAAGAAUGGACUCCAAGGUGAGACAAUUAAGAUAUCAACAGACUGAAUGUCAUGAAAUCAACCCAAGAUAAAUCUGAAUCUCUUGUAAGAAAAUAUGUCUAGAAUUGUAACAACAAACACUUCAGUUUUUCUUCUGGUUUUAGAGCAGUCAGCCUCUUUGUCAUGAAAAUAAAACAAAUCAACAAAAAACACGCACUGCAUUACAUGCAGACACGACUCAACUUAUACUAGUGGAGUAUUACAUAUCUAAAAUAUUUAAAAUUAUGCUAAAAUUUAUGAAAUUUUCUGUUAGUUAUAAAAAUCAAAUAAUGCAUGAUUCAUUUAUGUAACACCCAGAAUUAAAAUGUGUUCAAGUAUCUGGUAAUAAGAGAAAAGUUUUGGUCACAUUUGCAAAGAGUAAAGUAUUAGUUGUAUAAUAGAGCCUCUGAGCAAGCAGAUCAUGUUUGUGUAGGCUUCCACAUGUGCAAACAAAUCCCAGUUUGGACUUUGAUAUUAAACCAGAACUGAACGGAUUUACGGUUAAGAGGUGUAACAGACUCCACCUACUGACACUGACUCUAUAAAGCACGAUUACAACACAUUUGAUGCCAUUUAAUGUUGAAGAUGAGAGGACUCACUGUGCUGUGUUUGGUGGGGCUCGUCCUUGCUUCCUCGGUAAGACUGCGUGUUAUGAUUGUCAUCCUCAGUUUUUGAUUUUUUUGGGGCUAUUGCUUUACUGUGAUGAAAAACCUCAGGUCAAUAACCCUGCAGAGGCAGCGUAAACUGAAAGGCAGGACGGUUUUACAGACACUAAAUCUUGUGGUUAUGAGAAUGCUAUUUGUUUAUUUAUUUAAGUUCUAUUCAUUCAUUUAUUUUGGCGUUAUUUAAGUGCUAUGUAUUUUUAUUUUAGUUACCAAAGGGAAGCACAGCCCCAACUGAGAAGAAACCAACAGAGGUCAAACCACAGAUAUUGGUAAGCACAACAACUUGAAGAGGAAUAGAGUGGAUAGUGGAUUAGUCAUAUAGAAGCAGGAUAUUGUUUUUUGUAUGUGUUGUUGAUUAAACCCAAUAGAAACAGUUUUCAUUUAGUACACAGUUAAAUAUCCCAUUCUACUUUGAAAAGGCAACCUAGGAAACUCACAUUGAUUAUGCAGUAAUGAUGAAUGAUUUCAGGUUUACAAUUCUUGGACUCCUCUUGAAAACGCACAGGGCUUUGGUCCUGAACCAACCGAUGGACCUGUGAGUGAGGUAGGAAGCUAAUCAUCUACAAUACACACCUUAAAACACAGAUCUGAUACAGAAAAGGAGGCAAAAGAGCGUAUAACAAUAAUUUCAAAUGUUUUAUUUUUAUUGUAAGCUGUAUAUCUUAAAUGUUGGUCUUCCUUUUUUUUCCAGGGGGUGCAAAAAUGACAGCAGACAGACAGAAGGACUGAACAGAUACCAACAUGUUGACAGGGAUGACAUUUCAAUAAUCUGCUGGUGUUACUGCCUCCUUCAAAUAAACAUUUCAAGUCUGUUGUGUGAGAAACUUCUUUUUAAUUCAUCAAUUUGCUUCGUACAAGGUUUUUUUUCUUUUCAAAAAGAUCUGUCACUUCCACAAAUUCAACCAGUUCGUCAAAGUCAACACCUGUCUGACAACAUGACACACAUCGGGAAUUACGCGAGUGAUUAUGAGAGGGAAGGCAGGUCAAUUUUCCACAUCUACAGAUUCAGACAAGACUUCAUUCACAAGGAUCACUUUAUUUUUUUAUGUUAGGCUCUUCUGUUUUUAUUACAAGAUUAUCUACGUCCACCAAAAUUGUCCCAGUGGGAAUCGACUCCUCCUGACAUCUCUGAUGGAAAGGACACAGAACAUAAAUCCAGUUAUCUUCAGCUUUCUGAACCAACUUUGCUUUUGGUAAAAACACACUUUAACUGGGCGUCCCACUUAUUUUUAGGUGGACUCGAUUUGUUUAAACAGACUAGUCCCUGUUUCUCCUGACCUGUUCUGCACAGGUCUGACAGCAUGUUCACUUGGAGGAAAAAACCUCAAUAAAAGAUGGUUAAAACUAGGAUGUGAACUCAAUGUAGCCAAACAAUCUCAACAAAUACGCAUCUAAAGUGGUUUCCCAUUAUUUUCUUGACAAUGUAACAUCUGUGAUCAUCUGGUGUCGAACCACAGUGAAGUUUUUGUUUCUAAAAGAGUACUUUGAGAUCACACACGUGUUUUAAUUUCUCCUUUUUUUGAUGUCAGAAAACAGGAAGACCAAAAUAAAGUAAGGGCAGCAAAAUCAAGCAAUGGAUAUGAAAAAAGUUAGUAAUCAUAAUCAUCUGGCAAACUUCAACGGCACUACAAUGCUGAACAAGAAAGGAUUUUUUGUGUGUGUGUGAAUACGCGUAUCUGGGAUUUCGUCACAGAGUGGUGAGAUCCAGAGGCGGCGUCCUGUAAGACAACAAGCAAAGUUCUCCUCGGAUGACGAAGCAGUUUCUUUCUAUCAGUAAGGCCACUUUAUGUAGAAAUUCUAAUCGAGGACCACAACCUGUCACUUCUCGUCCGUAGAUCUUUGCAGAGUGUCAUCAAUAUGAAGGAAAAGAAACAAAGCUUCAAGUUUCUAACUCAAAGAGCCGGAUGGCCAGCUUUGAUGUGUGUGUGUGUGUGUGUGUGUGUGUGUGUGGGCAGCGGGGUUGGUGUUCGCCCCUUUCACCACCUCCACAAAAAAAACAAGCUCAGUCCAUACUAUCACCACCAGCUAUACCGCUGAGGUAGUACUCCCACUAUCCAAAGCCCCAACCGCAACUCAAAAAACCACCCCAAUAUACCAUGUGCGAUUGGGUUAUAACGAUCUUGCAAAAAAAUAGAUAUUUUCACAGAAGUUUGUAAAAUCAUCUUGCCUAAAGUUAUCUUCAAUCCUCUGUGGCUUUAUCGAAGCAGGUUUAAGUCUGAAGAAGUUGCGCCAUACAACUGCUGCUCCGAGUACAAUCCACAAAGGACAACUAUGUUGCCUUUUGUUGUUGCUGCAGUUUUGGGUGUUUGUUGCUAAUUCCUUUUCAAUAUUCCCUCUGUCAUCAGCCCCUUCAGAUGCAGUCCUUCAGUUUUGCCAACCAAAUGCAUGGACAGAGUGUUGCUGAUUUAUUAAAGGGGUUGUGUCUGUGUCUGUGUGUGUGUGUGCUGCAGUGGAGUUGCUGUAUGUGAUUAUUCAAAUGUGGAUGCGUGUAUGUGAGUAACCAGAGUGAUGAUGGUGGCAGGACUGCAGCCAACGCAGCUGGAUUCAGCUUCCUUCCAGGGCUGGGCUGCACCGUGCUGAAGGGGCCGGGGGGACGGAGGGGAGAGGCUCUACUUAUCCCCCAGGAUGGCGUACUGGUUGUCAAGCUGCAGCUGCUGCAUAGAAGCGCCACCGGUCUCCUCUCUGCCACGGUUCCUGUGUUUCACCACCUCGAAGGUCUUCUCCAUUUCUCUGUCCCUGAAACAAAGACAUGCGUCAACUUAGUUUAAUAAAAACCUUUAAAAAAAACGUCUAAAAAUUUUAAAAUUCUUCUCUCUGCUUACUUGCGUGUCUCCACGUGCUUGGCGGUGGCCAGUAGAGAGGGGAAUUGUGUGUCGCUGUAGAUCUCAGGGGGUCCCUGGUUGUGUGUGCGUUUGGUGGUGGUCAGCCGAGCCCCUGGAGGGCGGUAUACACCAGCAGGCUUCGACUCAGGCACCUCAACUUCCUCUGGAAAAUUAAAAUGGUGACAGAUUUGAUAAAUUUUGAUAUAGUUAGGGGUUUACAAUUUCAAAUAUUUUUUUCCAUUUUCAUAGAUACCCAUGGACUGGAGCAGCAGUUUUACUCACCCACAGGUGCAGCUGGAGCUGGAGCAGCACCAGACUUGUUCCAGGGACCAGACACUUUGUCUCCACUGACCAGAAUGAUCUCACCAUCUUCACCAACCUCCUCCUUCUCGUACUCCUCUUCCUCUUUCUCAUCACUGCAAAAAGAUUUAAAGUCAUUUAAACAAGUAUGUAAAUUCUGAAUGAUGACAAAUUAAAAAAAAAUGCACAAUGUAUGAUAUUAAAGUUGUAUGAAGACUAGUUAAUGAAGCUUCUCUUUAACACUUUUCGUUUUGUCUGGUUAUAAAACUACAAAACUGUUCAGUCCAUCUGAAAUCAGAUUACUGUAUGCUCCAUUAGUUCAUUCUGUCUUUGCAGAUGUUUAUACUUUUCACUGAGAUUGAUCCAUUCUAUUCUUUUCUUGGAUUGAUCUGUUUACUGUUUUCAGACUAAUACCACUGUUCAUAAAGGAUUUUAUCUCUUAAAUGAGUUUUUAUAUCAAAUUUAUUGUUCUCCAUUUGUAUUAUUGAUGAAUUCUAUGUACAAGCUGGGUAGCUUUAUUGCUUCCUUGUAUUUGUCUUCAAUAAAUUGUACAUUAUUACUCAAGUGUUUUCCUGUGAGUGCAGUAAAUCACUCAAUUUUAUUUCUUGGAUGAUGUAUGCACAAAAUAUCUCAUUAUAAGUAAUAUAGGCUACUGUGAAUUCACACAUUCAAAUAAAGAUCUAGUUUCAAGAUUCUGAAGGCAAAUUCUUCUUGACAAGUUCCUUGCAAUAACUACUACAUCUGGUUUAAAGAAACUACUCAUAAAAAUCUUACUUGCAGCAUCAUCAGCUAUUGUUUCUUACUGCAGUAAAUAAAGUUGUUAUUUUUGGCUUGUUAUAAGUCAUGUUAAAACUACACAUUGGAAAAUAAUAUGCUUUUGAAUGUCUGAAAAAAAUGAAAAAAUGUCUUUUUCCAACGUGUUAGAAGUGCUGAGAACAUUUUGUACAUAUUACUUUGACUUGAGAAUCUUUACGGAUUUAUAGUUUUACCAUCUCAGAAAAUUGCAGUUUAAGUUAUUGUACUUAAGUAUUUUAGUACCCACUCCAUCCCUGCCAACAAGAGAGGUUAUCAAAGUUAUUUAGAAUAAACAAUAAGUGUUUUUAAACUUUAUUCUUCAGUAUAGCAUGAUUCGAGACAAUUAUUUCUUAACCAUUUUUAAUGUUUUACAUUUUUAGUUUGACUCAUAUGUUUUACUUAAGUUGUGGGUGAUCAACACUCCCAGGUACUUUAUGGAUUUUAACUCCCAGUUAAUAUUGUAUUUCUGUUUGACCAUGUUAUUGGGGGAAUAAUUUAUCAGGAGAACAUGUGUUUUUGUGAUAUCGAGUUUAUAACCUGACAUAUAGCCAUAUGUUUCCAGAGUAGAAAUAAGAUUAGAUAAUGUUAGGUCUGGGUCUUGUAAAAAUAUAAUAAUAUCAUCAGCAAAAAGUCCUAUCAAAUGAAACUCAUCUGCUAUAUUUAUACCUUUUAAAUCCUGGCUUUGUCUGAUUUUUGGGCUAAGGGUUCAAUUUAGAUGGCAAACAGAGAAGGGCUAAGGCAGCACCCCUGUCGAGUAUAGGGGUGCUGCCGGAAUCUAUCUGUCAGGUGUCAGUUAAUCUUUACUAUUGCUGUUCAAUAUGUGUUUUAAGUAUUGCUGGAUUGUGUGUAGUGAAGCAGACUGAUGAUCAAAAGGUAACUGGAACUGAUGUGUCUGAGUAAGAGGGAUUUUAAUUCAUAGAGAUGCUAAUCCAGCAGCCAGGUGUAUGGGAACUACAUGAUGGAAACACACAAAGACAUAUUUCUUUUUUACCUUAUCUGUAAAGCUUGGAGCCGAAGCCCGCUGUAGUCCACUUCUUUUUGCUCAAACUCUUUCCAUUCUUCAUCCUCCUUGGCAGAAUUAAAGCAACAAACACAGCACAUACAAUCACGUUAAUAACUCCUUUUGCCUUUAAACGAUGUGGGGGAUAAAGUAGUCCAAGUGUCAGCUUUUUUGGACAGUAUUAAGCAUGUAUUCACAGGGAAUUAAAACAGUGUAUAUUUCAGCCUUUAAGGCGGUCAGCCCAGUAACUAGAUGGAACAAAUGGCGGCCCGGCCUAGCUGGACAGCCACGAUUCACAAACGUGAGUGACAGCUUUCCUAUGAAGACAUACGCUUACAAUCACACUAUUAACAACAAAUACGACAUAGGAGAAAAGCUUGGGGCUGUCCAGAAAGGAUAUGUUCAAUAUAUAUAAGUAUAUAUCUCGUAUAAAUGUGAACCAUAUGCUACGUUUGCGACCAACCGGCAUUUUCAUACUUCACACCAAAUCUGCUCAGAGUCCCUAUUAAAGUUUGUCCAAUCUGAACUAUAAAAGCUGACAGCGUGCCAAUGAAUGUCAUAUUUUAAUAAGAAGCAGAUUUUGACAUGAUUUUGACUCGAUCUAGGCCGAUAAAAAAGUUCCACUUUUUAUACCAAAACCGUCACCUUUUCAAUCUGGGCGUCCUGAUUCUCGUUUUUCGCCGAUUUUUCCUUCUCUCUCUUGGUCUUCUUCACCGCAGCAGACGCAGGUCCCCCGCCGGAGGUCUCUUUGCCCUUUCCUUUCUCUUUCUUCUUCUUUUUAUCCCGCUUGGCAAAGAAAUCGUCCAGACUCUUCUCUGGUGGAACAUCCGCCAUUUUCAAAGAGCGGCGUUAACUCGUCAGCUAAUCGAGCAAUGACAAAGGUGAAAAUCUGCUCCCGGAGAAACACAACACCGACUCAAACAGUCAGUACAGACGGAGUUACUCUUCAACCUGCGGGUUAAACUUGUGUUACAGGCCGGUAAAAACUGUCCACCCCGGAUCUCUGACUGCAACGUUAGCUACCCUGUCAACCAUGCCAUGCACGAGCUAUUUGACAAAUCUGGUCCGUAACCCGGAAACCCUGAUGCUUAUCCGGAAAUACUUCAUCUGUCUGCAAAAAUAAAAGCAUGAUAUCAAUCAUAAACAGUAGGGGAGAGUGGGAUAAGAUGAGCCAUUUUUCACAUUUUGGAUCACUACAUCAAGGCAAUCAUAGUUUUGUCUUUAACUAGUGUAUCUGCAUGUAUUUUAAAGAUGUUGUGUAUCCCUGCAAACCAACUGAAUGAGUGAAAACCAUCGACUGUAUAUAUUAUGGACAAUUUGGUUCCACCUUGCUUCAGUAUAUGGAUUUGAAGCCUAAAAGCUCAAAUGUAAUUCUGCAUUUUUCUCAAUUUUCUCCAUUUCGCAGUAGUGUUUUCCGAACUCAACCACUUGCGCAGUAGCGUUGUACGCAGUGGUGGCUCCUCUCUCUUCACUGCAGGACAGAAAGAUUCAGAAGAUCUUUUGUACCAUCAGAAUUUCCCUUCUGGGAUUAAUAAUAAAGUUAUUCUUAAAUAACAGUCACUUCUUCACAUUCAUAUGUAUUUUUUUCUAUUAUACACUAUUCAACUGGUUCAAUAAUUCUUGUAUUAUUAUUGCAUAUAACUGCUAAAAAGCUGUUUUGUAACAAGUCAUUUUAACAUGAGAAUGUCUUUAAGUGAUUCAGAACAUUCACAGCUGUAUUUGUGAAAAGAAAAAGUCAAACAUUUCAACAAUCUGAACUGAAACUCUGAUCCUCUCAUCAGACUCCUUUACUUUCUCCAUUGAGCUACUGGCUUAACUUACCCCUGAACUACUAUCAUGACUUUAUUAGUCCUCUAAGUUAAAAUGGUGGACUUUUAUGCUAAGUUUUUUAGCUGAUGUUGUAGCUCAUAGAUACCACAAUUGAUGUAUGAAACAAAUUUUAUAAUGAUCUUUUUUUGGUCUGAACUAAAUUCUGAUAAAACUUUUGACAGACUAAAUUCACUUCAAGAGUGAAAAAUGUUUUUUUGUAGAUAAAUGUCUAACCCCUUCACCCAUGUGCUUUUAACCUUCACAGACUCCAUAAAUGGAUGCCCAUCUCCAAAAUAUUUGGUCACAUGAUCAAUUUCUUUUACCAUUUCCAAGCAACAGGGGGUGGUUCAACUUACCCUUUGGCUCAACUUACCCCACCCUUCCCUAUUAGGGAAAGCGGUUUAAAGACAAAACAUUAAAGAAAUGCAAUGCAACAGAAUUUAAGAAUUUUAUAAUAACAAAAGCACAAAUCAAACAUAAAAGUAAGCUUAACUAAUCUCAAUAGAGAUGUCAGUGUCAGCACGGCAUGUUGUGAUCUAACUUAACACAAUGUCAUUAUGAAGAACCAAUUUUUUUCUAGAUUGCAUUAAAAAAUCCCCAAAUAAUGAGGAAGCAAGCGAUAUCAUCCAAAACUGGUUUGUUAGAACCAGAUAAAUGAGUUUAGAGAAUAACUGAUCUGAAAUAAACUCUUUGCUUUGCUUUUAGGUGAAUUUGUCUACGGAAGAAUAUAUGCUGUUUUCCGAAAAACAAAAACAAAAACAAAGAUUAAAUCAGUUAGAAUUUUCACCAAACAGCUAGAAGUUACUCCUUAAGGGAAAAUGGAGUGAAUAAAAUUAAUGGGUGCAUAAGUGCUUUAGGCUUCUGUAAUAUACCAACCAAUCUACUGCUUCUUUCAUCAUCAAUUUUACACUUAAGUCCAAAUUUUGAGAAACGAUCCUACAAUUUUGACUUUGCCAUGAUUAUCAUGCUAUUCCUAAAUCGUCUCCUUUUUUUAUUUGAACUUUCUUUAAAUGUCUGAGUAUUUAUUUAAUUAAUCUAAAUGAAUUUUUUGAUGAACGUGUUUUAAUGUAGCUGCUGUUUCAAGGUGAAGCUUGAUAAAAUUCAACAUUUAACUGAAUUUUCUGCAUUGUCAUUAAGUUACAGCACCAGGCAACCCUUGGGGACUGCAUGUAAUCACAUGGUUGUUUAUCAAGGAGAGCAAAUGAGAAACUUUUACUAUUAAAUUUUCAAAAUAUUUGCAGGGUUAAUAGCGUAAGCGAAUGAAACAUUCAGUUCUUGUUUUACUUGCAGAUUUAUUUGGAUUUUGCUCCAAACCCUCACUUC